UUGUUCGCCGUUUUUUGCUGUUGAGAAAUGACAUCGCUAAUAUAAUUGAUUUAAAGUGAAUAACACAUUUAAAAUAGAAGAAGCAUUAUCCUUGGUGAAUUUUAUGUAUUUUUUCUUCCUAUUAAUUAUUGACAUUACACAAGCAGAAUAUUGUUAAUUUCAUUUAAAGUUGUUGGAAAAAUAUACAUAUUAUAUACAUUUUUGCACCGAUAUUGAGAAUAAGAAAAGAGUUAACGAUUUUGAGCGAUUUUAGUAGCAUUCAGCACUUUAAAUUAAUUGUAUUUAAUAGAGCUUUUCCGGGGUUUGAUUUUGUCUCACAUAUUCUCUCUUAUGGCGGAAAACGGAAUGCGUGUGGGAAUGGACCAGUCGAAUGAUGGUGGCGGUGGUAGUGGUGGUGGGGGAGGAGCAAACGUAAGUAAUGGUCACCAUCAUGAUCUUGAACAUGUCACUGAGAAAUCUUCAACCACACGUCUAAGUGAGGCGUCCCAGAAGUAUAUGCAAGAGCUGUUAGUUGAACGGGCAAAGUUGGAAAAUAAUUUCCCUUUAGCAGUGAAGCUAAUUGAUGAAGCAUUAGAACGUGUCCAAUUGAAUGGUCGUAUACCUGCCAGAGAGCAGUACGCUGACGUUUAUCAGCAAAGGACUAUAAAACUAUCCCAAAAAGUUCAUGUGCCUAUAAAGGAUAAAAAGUUUAACUAUGUAGGCAAACUAUUAGGUCCGAAAGGUAACUCUUUGCGUCGCCUACAGGAAGAGACGCAAUGUAAAAUUGUUAUAUUGGGCCGCUUUUCAAUGAAGGAUCGUGCCCGCGAGGAAGAAUUGCGUAAUUCGGCUGAUAUAAAAUAUGCCCACCUAAAUCUGCCACUACAUGUCGAAGUUUCUACCAUAGCUCCGCCGGCAGAGGCUUAUGCCCGCAUAGCGUAUGCUCUGGCUGAAUUAAGACGUUACUUGAUACCAGACAAACAUGAUGAUAUACGACAGGAACAAUUUAGAGAAUUAAUGGAGGAUCCGGAAGCAGCCAAAAAGAUAACAAUGCGUCAACAACAACAGCAGCAGCACCAACAUCAACAAACUGGUGUUGGUCAAGGUGCCGGAAGUGUUGGCGUUGGUAACAACAACAUCAAUAAUGCUACUACUGGUGGUGGCAGCAAUAAUAACAAUAAUCAUCGUUCCAAUAGUUCAUCGAAUUAUAGAAAUAAAUACCAACCACAAUCUCAACACUAUCAUCAUAAUGAUGAGACUGUAUACUAUCGAUCCCAUAACAAUUCGUACCACCAACCAAAACCUUACGUGCCAGGUAAUCAACGUGCAAAUCCCAUGCACUCAGCUAUACCACCACAAGCUACUAUUGUAGGAGCUUCACCGACAGGAAUGCCAGUUGUUAGUGCAGCCAAUUACAGUGGGCGUGGUCCAGGUAUAAUACCGAACAGUCCUGCUGCCGCUGCUGUAGUUGGGGGUAUAAAUCCAAAUAUACGAUAUCGACCAUCCCAACUGCCGCCAUAUCAAUUCGCUAAGAAAUAAUUAUUGAAUUGCUGUAGAACAGCUCAAGAUUGUGUUUAUUCAGUUCUAUGUUGAUGUUUAAUUUUAUUUUAUUUAGUUUAUUUCAUUAUUUUUUUAUGUUUAUAUUUCAUAUUUUACAUUUUUUUUAAAACUAAAAAGUGUGUUUUAUAUAUUUUUAAAUAUAUCUAUCAAAACACACUUAAAUACGAUGUCAUAAAAAUAAUACACUUACUAUAUACAUAAGAGUGGUCUAAAAAUAAAUACUUUUGAUGUUCUACAUGCAUGUCAACGUAUAUACAAUUUUGGAAGGAACCUACGAUUAUUGCAACACGGCGCUGCACUUAUAACUGUAUUAUUGUACAUAAUAAGUAUAAAAGCAAUUAGGCCUCAUCUCUACUUUUUAGCCAAGUUUUAGUAAUUUUUAAAACAAAAAACCUAUGUAAAUGGCAUUCUGACACGGUCUAAAAGUUAAUAUUUUUGAAAACCUUAAUUUUGUACGGAUUUUCAUAUUUUUGUAACAUUUUAUUUAAAAGUACUGAAAACUUUUAAGAGAUAAAUCAUAAAUUUUCCAUACAAAAAAAAUUUUCCAUACAAAAAGUCCAUAAAAAGUAUUCCAUUUAAGUCUGUUCAAGAUGAAGAAACAAGAUAGAAUUAGGAUAAUGUUGGUGAUUUAGGACAAUGUGUUAGUUUCGGUCAGACUCUAAAACUAUUAUAUCCGUAGGGCCUUAUUCUUAAGCAAUUUUCAAAUACAUAUAUCAAAGGUUUAUAAAACAAAUGUUAUAUUAUAAAUGGUUUCGAAUAUUUUGCCAAUCAAUGUCGAUAAUAUUAUCCUAUAAAUUUCGAUUAAAUUGAUUUUUCAAAGCGUUACGCCGAUUUAAUCAUUUAUGUAACUUUUUUUAAGAACAUGUUUUAACAUGUAUUUUUAUUUCAGUCAAGCUAUCAUCAUACGUAUAAAUACAAUCAAACUGCCUGUUUCACGAUGUCGAAAGUAAAAUGAAUCGAUAAAAUUUGUGUGAAAAUUUUUAUUUUUCUUUCUAAUUUUUAAAAUUCUUUCGAAUAGUUUUCAUACAAAUUUGUUCGAAUCAUUUUUCUUUCGACAUCGUGAAACAGGCCUAAAAUUUUAGAGUGAAUAUUUCAAUAUCUUUCUUUAAGAUCAUUAGCCAAAAUGCUAUGAAUAAGAUUCCUUUCCAUAAUAUUAGCUACAUUGACUUGUACAAUGAAUUUAUUUUGUUUUUUUUAUACUUUAAUGGGCCACUUUAAAAUAUAUUUAUAUAACUAUACAUAUAAAUUCUUACACACUAUCAAAGAUGCAUACAUAAACACAUAGUGUACAUAUGUAUACAUACUAUGUAUAUAUGCAUACACAUACAUAUACAUAAAUACAUCCAUACAUACAUACAUAAAUAUAUAUAUUUUUUUUAAAAACAACAUUUAAUGUAGUUUUUUUAUUAUACAUUUUUAUUUCAUUAAUUAAUUGAUCGAUUAAUGAUUAAACCAUUAUAUGUAAUACAUAAUACAUAUAUACAUGCAUAAAUAUGAUUAUGAUUAUUAUUAUUAUUACCUACAUAUUUUUUUUUUUUUUUUAUUUUAUGGUUUGUUAUUUAAGUGUUUUCCCAUUUCUUUAAUUAUUUUACAAAACCAAGAAAAAUAUAAAUAAUUUUAAUAAUUUAAAAGUUAAUGGUUAAAAACAAAAAACAAAAAAACAAAAAAAUAGUUAUGAAUCAACAAUA